AUGGAAGGCCUAGGUGAAGUUCUGCUCGAACUCCCUGGUGAGCUACAAGACCGAAGAUUGGCACAGUCGGUUGAACCACGCUCGUACCGAUCCCCUCAGGGUGGUCGAAAAUGCCCGGCACAUCAAUGCAUCGGAGGUGCCAUAGAGGGCCAUCUGAGCCCGAAAUGCGGAGACAUGCUCCGCGGGAUCGGAGCAACCGUCAUAUGUCUCCAAUACCGACAGCCUGAAGUUGAGGGGUACCGACUUGUCCUGCUGAGGAAUGCCUCAGGUGUCACGGCCGAGGGUCCCAUGGUGUUGAUGAUUUUAGUGCUGUGGACGGUGGUAACAGCGGCGUUCAUAGGGAUCGCUGAGGGCCAUCGCCACCACCGGCGGGCAGGUGGUGCGGCGGAGCUAGAAGCCUUCCACUACGCGACGGCGGGGGCAGGAGGAUGCCGGGCCCACGUGGCCAGCCUAACGGACUUCGGCGGGGUGGGCGACGGGGUGACCUCCAACACGGCGGCCUUUGCGGCGGCCGUGGCCAACCUCAGUAAGGUGGCGUACGAUGGCGGCGCGAUGCUAGUGGUGCCGGCCGGUCGGUGGCUCACCGGGCCCUUCAACCUCGCCGACCACUUCACCCUCUUCCUCGACCACGACGUCGUCAUCCUCGCCACUCAGGUCCGCCUCCCUCCUCCGCCCCCUUCCCCCACCUUCUCCUCCAUCUAUUUCGAUGUAGAGUGCAUGUUCAUAAUCGUUCACGGCAUGUUUGCCAUUACCAUCGCCUCUAUCAUUCACGUUGCCUUCAUCCUCGGUGGUGAUUAUGGCUACCACGUAAUCGUCUCAGGCAUCACAAUUCUUGCACCGGUCAACUCUCCCAACACUUAUGGGAUCGAUCCAGACUCAUCCUCCAAUGUCCGCAUUGAGGACUGCUACAUAGUCUCAGGCGAUGACUGCAUCGCCAUUAAAAGCGGUUGGGAUGAGUACGGGAUUGCAUUCAACAUGUCAAGCAAACACAUAGUGAUCAGACGGCUCACCUGCAUCUCCCCCACGAGCGCUGUCAUCGCCCUGGGAAGCGAGAUGUCGGGAGGAAUCCAAGAUGUCCGGGCCGAAGACAUCACGGCCAUCCACUCCGAAUCCGGCGUCAGGAUCAAGACGACCAUCGGAAGGGGAGCUUACGUGAAGGACAUAUUCGUGAGAAGAAUGAAUCUGCACACAAUGAAGUGGGUCUUCUGGAUGACGGGCACCUACGGGCAGCACCCGGACGACAAAUUUGAUCCGAAAGCCAUUCCGGUGGUGCAGAAUAUCAGUUACAGCAACGUGGUGGCCGAGAACGUGACCAUGGCCGCGAAGCUGGAGGGGAUUCCCGGCGCGCCCUUCACCGGAAUAUGCAUCUACAAUGUGACGGCGGAGGUGGUGAAGUCGAAGAAGCCGAUUUGGAACUGCACCGACGUGGAGGGCGUAUCGAGUCACGUGACGCCCACUCCCUGUGCGCAGAUUCCGGAAUAUCCAGAUCGUAUAACGCAUUGCCCCUUCCCUGAAGAUGAUCUACCUGUGAAUGGUGUUGGGCUAGAGGAGUGUGCUUAUCAGAGAGCCAAACCAUGA